AUGGAGUCCGCUAAGCAGCGCCCCCGCGCCGCCCACUUCCUCCUGGCCGCCGCUCUAGUUGCCUCCCUCGCGGGCUGCGUCUCAGCCGCCGAUCCGGACCCCCUCAGAGACUUUGAUCCGCCGGAAGUGCCUUCCAACUACGCUCCGCCGGAAGCGUAUUUCAAGUUUGAUCUCCUGCAUGCGGCCAAUGCGGCGCAAGGCCCAGGGGGGAACAACACCAGAGCAACGUCUGCGAACUUCCCGGCGCUAAGGUCGCAGGGCAUCUCUUAUACGCUAUUCAACAUGCGUCCGUGCGGCCAGAAUCUGCCGCACACCCACCCGCGCGCGACCGAGAUCUUAUACGUCAUAAGCGGGGGGCCCGUCCUGGUCGGCUUCGUCGACACCAACCAGACCGCCCACCUGAACAUGCUGCGGGAGGGCGAGAUGACGGUCUUUCCUCGGGGCAUGCUGCACUUCAUACAGAGCUUCGCCACGACUAACGUUACCUCCAUCUCCGCGCUCAACAGCCAAAACCCGGGCGUCAUUAUCCAGUCCCGGGCUCUCUUCGAUCUCCCCUCCGAAGUGGUAGCGACCACUUUCUCCCUGCCUCAGGAUCAGAUCAGAGCUGUUAACGGUACUCUACCAGUCUCUCAAGCGCUCGCUCUGGGCACUUCAAACGAGGGCUGCGUGUCCGGUGUGCUUCCGCCCGAGCUUACUUACCUAGACGUUCCGGCUCCGAAGGGCGAACAGAACGUGCCUGCACCGGGCGCAAGGUAG